GAAUACUAGGCAAUUGGAAAGUCGUGGAAAUCCUAGACACCUACGAGCUUAGUUGAAGCAUCGAGAGAGAGAGAGAGAGAGAGAGAGAGAGAAAGCCGAGUGCAGUCGUUCCGGUCGUGCACUGUUCGUCGACGUAUCGCCGACCCGGUGGCGGUCGCCCAUGAAAGUGCCAUGAUUGAUGAAACCCAUCAUCGGUCGAGCGGCAUCGGCGCUACUCUCUCCUGCAAAACUCAAGCAAUUUGACGUCACAGUUCGUUGCAAUCCUUGCAAACGUUUCAUCGAUCCGCCAGAAGCUUACUCCACAAAUGCUACUCUCCGAGCUGGUCCCGAGAUCGACACCUCGUCACAUGCCCUUGAGUUGCUCGACGAAUUGUCCAACUGGGACGUGGUGUCGGCUUCGGCCUUGCUCGGCCGCUACGCUCGUAGCCACUGCCACGAUGAGGUAAUCCGUCUUUUCUCGAGGGUGCUCGCUUCGUAUAUCAGGCCUAAUGAAUUCACAUUCGGCACUGCCAUUCAUUCGUCGAUCGUGCUUGGAGACGUUCGUGUGGGGAAGCAACUCCAUGCUUGUGCUAUGAAGAUGGGCCUCCACUCGAUUGUGUUCGUGGGCAGUGCGGUUUUGGAUGCGUAUGCCAAGUUAAGCACUCUUGAUGAGGCUCGAAGAGCUUUCGAAGAUACCAGAGAGCCCAAUGUGGUAUCCUACACAACUAUGAUAAGUGGGUACCUGAAAAAGGGUAGCUUUGAUGAUGCCCUAUCUCUUUUCGAGAAUAUGCCGGAGAAAAAUGUGGUUUCUUGGAACGCAGUGAUUUGUGGCCAUAGCCAAGCUGGUCACAGCGAGGAGGCUGUCAAUCUCUUCAUCAGGAUGCUGAGGGAAGGGUUUAUGCCUAAUGAAUCCUCGUUCCCAUGUGCUCUAACGGCAUCUGCCAAUAUUGCAGCUCUUGGGAUAGGCAGAAGCUUCCAUGGCUUUGCAAUUAAGUGUUUGGGUAAGUUCAAUGUGUUCGUGGCCAACUCAUUAAUUAGUUUCUAUGCAAGAUGUGGUAGCAUGGAAGAGAGUCUUUUGGUUUUUGAUAAGCUAGCAGAGAAAAAUCCUGUUUCAUGCAAUGCCGUGAUAUGUGGUUUUGCACAGAAUGGGGACGCAAAGGAAGCUAUUAACUUCUUCGAGACAAUGCGGACCAUGGGAUUCGAGCCUAAUAGUGUUUCUUAUCUUGGUUUGUUGUGGGCUUGUAAUCAUGCGGGACUUGUUGAUGAGGGUUAUUCCUACUUCAAUAAGGGAAGAUUGGAGAACCCCACCAUGCUGAAACCAGAGCACUAUGCCUGUAUGGUUGAUUUAUUUUCUCGUUGCGGGCGUUUCGAAGAAGCAGAAGAAUUUCUUAAUGAUUUACCUUUUGAUCCAGGGGUUGGAUUUUGGAAGGCAUUGCUUGGAGGCUGCCAAAUUCAUUCAAAUCUUGAAUUGGGGGAACUGGCAGCUAAAAAAAUUUUGGCUUUGGAUCCUAAAGACGUAUCAUCCUACAUAAUGAUCUCCAAUGCGCAUUCUGCCGCCGGCAGAUGGCAGAGUGUCUCCAUUUUAAGAAAAGAGAUGAGGGAGAAAGGUCUGACGAGAGUCCCUGGUUGCAGCUGGAUUGAAAUGAAAAAUAAAAAUAAUGUAUUUGUAACUGGGGAUAGUAAUCAUAUCCAAAAGGGUGAUAUUUACAUGGUUUUGAGAACUUUUCUCAAGCAUGUGAAGGAGACGGAAGCUUCAAGUCUCGAGAAUGAAUUUCUUUCAUAGGUAAAGGGGCCAUCAGGUAAAUGGUAAAGCUAAUUGAUGGCAGUGGCUAUGCUAGAAAUGAACUUCAACAUUUGAAAGAUUAGUUCCUCCGGAUUGUUCUCCCUCUAAGCACUAACAGGAAAAAUGUCAUCAGGAGCUCCUCUUUGCAGCGGUACCUGUUUCCUCUUUCUUCUGUACUUCAAUUGAUGGCUAAGAUGGUUUUUCGAGUUUAUCAUACAUCAAACAUACAACUAUGUGACUUCUCGUUUAAAAUGGUAUAAGGAAAUUGGAGCUCUGUCAUUAUCUGCAAAUUCUCAAUCAGAGGAUUGAAAAGGAAUUGUUCCUUCUUAAGCUUUUCCUUUCAAAAGUGAGCGUCCUUUUGAUUGUGGUUGGAAUUAAUCAUAUUUCCUUCAUUUGUUCAUGCUUUCAUUAACAUCCUUGAUACAUUCAUUUCAUUCCAUAUGACAUUUCUGCUCCCGCUUCAAAUCUAUUAUAAAACCUCCAGAAUUGACGUAGUUGGUAUUCAAUUUGCUCCUUCUCCCAGUUAUCUACAGUGGAAGUGGUUAUGAGUGAUGAUUAUUGAAUAUUUUCGCCUCUGCUAUAUUCUUAUCAUUCUGCGUCCCUGAGAGUGAUUUGGCAUCCGCAGAAAAUGACAACCUGUAAAUUAUUAGUAAGUAACAUGGUAGAGAUGAUGAUGAUAAAAAUCCUGGAUCCUAGAUAUGAGUUAGGCAUGAUCAUUCACUGAUCGCGUAUAGUGGGUCCUUACGUACAUUUUGAGUGUUUCAUUCUUCUACCUGACAUGUUGCAAGUCCCUAGGUGAGUCAAUGCGGAGUGUCUGGAAUAUCUUAUUGCCGCAAGGGCAGAAGUAAGCCUAGAACAAAAUUAUGACAGAAAGAGGGGCUGAUGGCUCAAAAAACCUCCUUGGGAUACUACAACUCAACUGGGAUGCAGCGUGGAAGAAUGGAUUGGCUCAAGCUAUUAUUGAAGGCGAUUGCGAAGUGCGGAUAGAUGUGAAGGUAACUUUUUCAAACCCAAGAUAUAAGCAAUAAAGAAUGUAUUUAGUGAAUGUAACGUAAGUAUUGAUAUAGAAACCUUGGGAACAUUUAUUUAGCAUGAGUUGCUAAUGCAUCAUAAAAGAUGCUUUCUCCCAAAUCGGGGAUUGCUAUGGAAACAUUAUAUCCGGUAUCUCUGCCUGGGAAA